GUCAAUCACAAGCCGUGGGUUUGGGCGGGGCAUUGGACAGUCAAUCAUCCUUCGUGGGCGUGGACUUGUAGCUCGUGGAAACGCGAAUCUCCCACAGGAGCACAGGGCCCUGGGUCACGUGAUGAGGCGGAGCAGUUCCCCGGUUAAGGGUGAUGCACCUUCUGCACCAAUCAGCGAGGAAGCCUGGCAUGAUGGACAGCCCUUACACCCAAUCGAGGCGGAGGAGCCCAUCGAGCUGCUGCCAUCGUCGGUGCGGGGAAGGAGGGUGGUUUGUGGCCUAUCCGAUAGGACUCGAGCCGGGGGAGGGGGAGGAAAGAGGAGGAAGAAAGAAGAAUGGGCCUCGCUGCCUCUCCCCCAGAAGCUCCACCAACCGGCGACCGGCUUCGCCCGUCAGCCGCUCCGCGGUAACCCAAUCGGCGCGGCCCGAAGGCGGGAUAUCCGCCACUGCCAGUGGUGCUGGGGGCGGGGAGAGGGACCCUUCCCUCACCCAUUGGCGCCUCCCUCCCCCUCUCCUCGCCCCGCCUCCGGGGCUGCCGGUCGGCGUUCAGGAGUCGAAGGUGCUGCUGUUGGUUGGUGGUGGGGACAUGAAACUCUGGCGUCUGACUAACCGCGAAUGGUCCAAGGACCACAGCAACAGCAGUAGCAAAACUGCCAUCUCCGCUGCGGACCCGACGGAGCCUUUGGACAGUGUGAAAGAUUUCUUAGAGAAAGCGAGAGAGGAGUUCUUAGAAAAAUGGGAGUCCCCACCGCAGAACACAGCAUGUCUGGAUGACUUUGAGAGAUCAAAAACACUGGGCACAGGGUCCUUUGGUAGAGUGAUGUUGGUGAAGCACAAAGUUACAAAUGAACACUAUGCGAUGAAGAUAUUGGACAAACACAAGGUAGUCAAGCUGAAACAGAUCGAGCACACACUGAAUGAGAAAAAGAUUCUCCAGGCUGUCAGGUUCCCUUUUCUGGUGCGGCUAGUUUUCUCGUUCAAGGAUAACACUAAUUUGUAUAUGGUGAUGGAAUAUAUUCAAGGUGGAGAAAUGUUUUCACAUUUAAGGAGAAGCGGAAGGUUCAGUGAACCUCACUCACGAUUUUAUGCAGCACAGAUUGUCCUCGCAUUUGAAUACCUCCAUUCACUAGACCUUGUCUACAGGGACCUGAAGCCUGAAAACAUACUGAUUGAUCAGAAUGGAUACAUCCAGGUGACAGAUUUUGGAUUUGCCAAGAGGGUAAAGGGUCGAACUUGGACACUGUGUGGGACUCCCGAAUACCUGGCUCCUGAGAUCAUCCUUAGUAAGGGCUAUAACAAAGCUGUGGAUUGGUGGGCAUUAGGGGUCCUAAUCUAUGAAAUGUCUGCUGGAUAUCCUCCAUUUUUUGCAGACCAGCCAAUUCAGAUUUAUGAAAAAAUAGUCUCGGGGAAGGUGCGGUUUCCAUCUCAUUUCAGCUCUGACCUAAAAGAUCUGCUCCGGAACCUGUUGCAGGUUGAUCUGACCAAACGGUUUGGUAAUCUCCGAAACGGUGUCAAUGACAUCAAGAACCACAAGUGGUUUGCCAACACAGACUGGCUAUCCAUCUACAAAAGAAAGGAGGAGCCUCCUUUUAAACCCAAGUUUAGAGGCCCCGGGGACACGAGUAACUUUGACGAGUAUGAAGAGGAGGCAAUCCGCAUAUCUCUCACAGAGAAAUAUUCAAAGGAAUUUGCUGAUUUCUAGAGAAGGGAAUGAGACAAAGCUGUAAAAUGACUGGGAAACUUGAUACACGGCUGGAAAGGAAAGGAGGCAGUGUUUGGAGGGGAGCCCAAACUGUUGUAUUUACUGAAAACUUUUGUGUUGAGUCUGUGCAUUCCACCAGGUGGAGUCCUACGUUGCCGUGACUUCGAAGGGCCUGGCCCUCUUUCCCUUACACAGACUGCUCCUGCAAAUCCUGAGGUUCUCCAGACAGUCACUAUUCCCAAUGACACACUAAACUUCUCUUUUUUUUGCCGCCUUCCAAUAAGCGUUUGUAUCUCAUUGUGCCUGAAUGUUAUAUAUGUUCUGUGUUUUAAAAGAUAUUUUACUUAUACAUUAAAGACCUUUAGUUUUCUUUUUUACAAUGUAUUUCCGAGUGAAGGGACUACUUUUCCAUAUCUGAUCUGACUGCAGAGUAAGUAAAUUAGGAGCUUGAACUGUUUACUCACCUGUCUCACUCAUUCCGAGCAGCUCCAGGGCUGGCAUGCACAGGUGUAUUGUUAGCUGUGCACCAUCCCUGCAAUUGAUUCCCUGCACUCACUGAAGACUGGGAAAUGAUUAGCUUCUGUAUUGUUUUAGGAUCUCACAUUUAAGUAACGCGGAAUUAGAUGGAUGAUGUAGUAGUAUUGUGUUCGCCACAGUACAUGCCAGCCCAAUUAUGUGGCUUUCACAUUUCUUCAGUAACCUCCAAGUUGAAGUGCUUGCUUUAUUUUAAGAUUCCACUGGUGGGGGCAGACAGUCCCUUGGCAUUAUUUCAACAGAAUAGUGGAGUUCUCCACAGUGACACAGCCAAUGUUUAUGUUUCUGUACAGAUUACCUGAUUAUCACAUUCCUGCUUGUGGGAACUUGCUUUGGGUAAAUUGGCUGCUAUGUUAAUUACAUUGCAACAUUACACUUCAAAAUAAAAGUAUUUCAUCAGCUGAAAAGCACUUUGGGACUUCCUGAGAUUGUCAAGAUUCUGUGGAAAUACAGGUCUUUUCUUUAAAAUAAAGGGUAGAAUAAACAAUUUUGUAUCCUAGUACCAAACCCCCAUUUAACAUACAGAGCCCAGCAACAAAAGCCAUUUGGAAUAUCAACACUGGAUCUUUCCCUCUCUCUCCUACCUCAAUGUCGCAAGACAAGGUAGCGAGAGCAAGAGCAGGAGGAGGCAGCCUGAGGUGGCCGGUGGUGAGAAUGAGAACAGGCAGCCUGGGGCAGCCAGUGUCAAGAGCUGAAGAAGGCAGCUCAAGGCAGCCAGCGGGAGCAGGAACAGUCUGCAAGGCAGCGAGGGCAGGCAGCCCGGGGCGGUGGUGGAGUUGAGAUCGAGCCCUUGAUUUGUGCACACCCAGCAUCGCUAGGUGCUUUUGGACUGUGGUGUUGAACUGUUCACUAUGUUUCUUUGUUUUUCCACUUUUUAGUAAGAAAGAAUGUAAUAUUUAACUAUUUAACUUUAUUUUCUUUAUUUUCCUGCUUUGUACCAAGAUUCUG